CUCACUUUGAUUGAAAGUGAACUGGCAAACCAACUCGGCGUACAUGGACAUUCGCGGUCUUUGUGUCUUCGUUGGACUGGCAAUACAUCUAGAGUCGAACAUAAAUCCCAAGCAGUGACCGCCGUCAUAUCCGGAAGUAGCAUGAAACAACGCUAUACACUGCGGGACGCACAAACGGUGGAAUCCCUCAAUCUCCCAACGCAAACUUUCCUGUUUGAUGAGGCGUUGAGACAAUUCGGGCAUCUUAAAGGGCUCCCGAUACAAAGCUACCAUAACGCGAAGCCGAAGAUUUUGAUAGGCGUUGACAACCUGCGCCUUGCCGUGCCAUUGAGGAUUAAGGAGGGGCUUGGCUCCGACCUUAUCGCAACUAAAACGCGUCUAGGGUGGUGUGUGUAUGGUCGUCAACAAGGGAAGACCAGAAGCGAGUAUAGUCUACACAUAUGCGAAUGUUCGUGCGAUGACAAAUUACAGGAUUCGCUCAAAGAAUUUUACGCCAUAGAGGAGGUUGGCGUGAAACCUCCAGAAGCGAUAAUGUCGAACGACGAUCGUCGCGCUUGGGAUUUGAUGAAAACCAUUACCAAGCGCGUUGGAAACCGCUACGAGACGGGUCUUCUUUGGAUUAAGGAUGACAUCGAGUUCCCACAGAGCUACGGAAUGGCAGUUAGAAGACUUCAAUGUUUAGAGCGACGGAUGGAGCGAAAUCCCAAACUAAAGGAGAACCUACAUCGACAGAUCGCUGAAUACCAGGAGAAGGCAUAUGCUCACAAGGUCACGCCAGGAGAACUCAGCAAAGUGGAUGCAAAGAAGAUAUGGUUUCUUCCUAUCGGCGCCGUAAUCAACCCCAAAAAACCGGACAAGGUCCGAAUCGUUCUGGAUGCCGCGGCUAAAGUGAAGGGUAUGUCACUCAACAGCUUUCUUCUAAAGGGUCCUGAUCAGUUAGUUUCCCUUCUUGCUGUUUUCUUCAAUUUCCGUCUCUUUGCUGUAGCGGUUACAGCAGAUAUUCGGGAAAUGUUCCACCAGCUGCGAAUACGCCAGGUGGACAAAUAUGCGCAAUGCUUUCUAUGGCGAGCAGCGCCUACAGACGAGCCGGAAACAUAUGUAAUGGACGUGGCUAUAUUUGGGGCCGCCUGCUCACCAGCAUUGGCCCAGUAUGCCAAGAACACGAACGCCAUAGAACACGCUGACAGAUUCCCAAGAGCUGCUCAAGGGAUUCUCAAAAGUACGUACGUUGACGACUACUUGGACAGCUUUGGGAGCGUCGAAGAAGCGAAAAAGAUCGCCACGGAAGUCCGGAUGAUCAACGAACACGGAGGUUUUGAUUUGCGCAACUGGAGAUCCAAUAGUCGAGCUGUCAUGGAGCACAUGGGGGAAACCGAAGUAACCCAUGAACAGAAAAUAUGUCUGUCCGAAGAUCGACGACCGAAUGCCAGUCUGGAAACUGAGCGGGUGCUGGGGAUGUUAUGGGACCCGUCGAAGGACGAACUGUUUUUCUGCACACGUAUGAACGACGAAACGACGAGCUUGAUCAACGAAGGUGCCAGGCCGACAAAGCGACAAAUUUUGCGAUGCGUAAUGUCACUUUUCGACCCUCUUGGCCUGCUUUCUCCAUUCGUAAUACAUGGAAAGAUCCUCGUACAAGACCUGUGGAGAGCCGGGUUAGAAUGGGAUGAACCGGUAGGAGAUGGGGCGUUUCUACGUUGGCGUAAGUGGAUCGAUGCGAUGGAAUGGGUGGCAACUAUACGAAUUCCACGCUGUUACUUCGCCCUCGCAACCGAGUGCACCUAUUACAAUGCACAGUUGCAUGCGUUCGCAGAUGCGAGUCCGUCCGCUUACUCGUGCGCCGUAUAUUUGAGAAUUGUCGGGCAAGAUGGUAUUGUACAAUGCACGUUGGUAGCCGCGAAAGCGAAGGUGGCACCGUUAAAGCCACUUUCCGUUCCGAGACUUGAGCUCCAAGCGUGCGUUCUUGCUGCUCGUCUAAUAAAGUUCGUCGAAACGAACCAUCCAAUCGUUGUCGCUAAAAGAUUUUUGUGGACUGAUUCUCGAACGGCGUAUUCUUGGAUUAGAGCAGACCCCCGUAAUUAUCGACCUUUCGUUGCUCAUCGAGUAGGUGAAAUUUUGGAAACGACGCAAAGUAACGAAUGGCGAUGGCUUCCGUCAGAAGAAAAUCCGGCCGACGAAGCCACGAAGUGGGGAAGCUGUCCCUACGUCAACGCGGACAGUCAAUGGUUCAGCAGUUCCCGGAUAAUGUACCAGCCUGAAGAACAAUGGCCAGACCCUGCGGUGCCCCACGUCGACAUUGAGGAUGAAAUUCGUCCUUGUGUACUGCACCAUGUCGAGGUCCAUCCCAUCAUAAAGUACGAACGAUUUUCUAAAUGGGAAAGGCUCCGAAAUACAAUGGUCUACGUUCUACGAUUCAGGAAUAACAUCGACAAGCGGCGCUUGAGGACGGUUGGAUCACCAUCGCAGCAGGAGUUGAAAACCGCUGAAGAAACGAUUAUAAGGAUGGUACAGCUCGAAGCCUAUCCCGAUGAAGUGACUAUAAUCGGGAAAAAUAGUUCGCUGCCAAGGGAAAAGCAACAGCAUUUACACAAAUCCAGCUCGAUACAUAAGUUAGUGCCCUUUAUGGACGAAUGUGGCAUCCUUCGGCAAAACAGCAGAAUCGCCGCCGCUGAACAAGCCGCCUUCGGACUUCGCUUUCCUAUGAUCCUGCCGAAACAGCACCUCGUCACCAAACUGAUAGUUGACCAUCAUCACCGCCGCUUCAGGCAUGCAUUUGCCGAGACAGUGGUAAACGAACUCCGCCAAACGUACGCUAUACCCAAGUUAAGAUCCUUAGUGCGUUUCGUGUCACGGGCGUGCCUAAUCUGUCAGCUGAAAAAAUCUCGCCCUGCCGUUCCUCCUAUGGCUCCUUUGCCACCAGCGAGAUUAGCUGCUUUCGUACGCCCCUUUAGUUAUGUGGGCGUAGACUAUUUCGGCCCUCUGCUUGUAAAGCUUGGGAGGUCAAAUGCCAAAAGAUGGAUUGCUUUAUUCACAUGCUUAACCGUGAGAGCAAUCCACCUUGAAGUAGCUUUCAACUUAUCGACGGACUCCUGCAUCUCGUGUGUCCGACGCUUUGUGUGCCGUAGAGGUUCGCCGAUCGAGUUCAUUUCCGAUAACGGCACGAAUUUUCGCGGUGCGGACCGAAUAUUGCGUAAUCAGAUCAAUAGUGGACUAACAGCAACCUUCACUAAUUCAUGUACCAAAUGGAGCUUUAAUCCGCCAGGGGCGCCCCAUAUGGGCGGCGCCUGGGAAAGGCUGGUGCGCUCGGUGAAAUCGGGAAUGGUAGGCGCUUACUCGGAGGGCAAACUAGACGAUGAAGGGCUCCAGACUUUGAUCGUUGAGAUCGAAAGCAUCGUCAACGGUAGACCGUUAACUUAUCUACCGCUCGAAUCAGCAGAAUCGGAAGCCCUCACCCCUAACCAUUUUUUGUUGGGCAGUUCCAUGGGGACUAAGGUACCUUCGGUGGAAAUACCAACCGCGUUACAAGUGCGGGUUUCCUACGACCUGAUUCAGCGCCAAUUGAACCAUUUCUGGGCGCGCUGGAUGAAAGAGUAUCUGCCGGUGAUCAGAAGGCAACCUAAGUGGUUUUUGGAAACCAGGCCUGUACGGAAGGGUGAUCUUGUAUUUAUCGCCGACGAAGGAACAAGAAAUGGCUGGAUACGAGGAAUGGUUGAAGAGGUUACGGAGGGCAUCGAUGGACGAAUUCGUCAAGCGACGGUGAAGACUUCGAGCGGAAUCCUGCGAAGGCCAGUAUCGAAACUCGCCGUCCUGGAUGUAGUCAACGGAAGUGCAGUCUCGGAGGAUGUCCAGAUGCACUCGGGGGAGGAUGUGGACAGCAAGUCCGUCGAGAUGGCCACCCUGGUCGCAUAACGUCAGCGCUUGUCAGUUUGGCAAGCCUAGAUAUACGUGACAAGACAAAACGUCAAACCAUUUCUAUAAGUAUAUGCCACGCUACAUUAUUGACUGAAUUCAUCUAACUAAAGUGUAUUUCUUGAAGUUAUUGGCUAAAUUAUUUUAAAACAAGCAAAGUUCUUUGAUCGGUUAUAAUUUGUACUUGAAAUAAAAGGAAUCACUGAAAAGUACGAUAAUUGACCUAACCUAUAUUAUAUACUAAACUAAUUAUUAUAAUCUGUUUUUUUUAGUUUUGAAGCAUCGCUGAAGUAAAGUGCUAUCGAAAUUCAGUCCG